AAGAGCCACGGUUCUCAAGAGCUUGGAGCGCGCGGGAAAGAGAACCAUUUAAACUGUGGCGGGAACGUCAUUUUCGGGUUCUUGUCCAGUUAAGACAUCCGCAGCUGGAGCGUCGGAGCGAGUUGUCUCUUCCUGUAGGAACAUGGUGCGGACCAAAGCAAACUACGUCCCAGGAGCCUACAGAAAAGUGGUGGCCUCUCGAGCCCCUAGGAAGGUGCUUGGCUCUUCCACCUUUGUCACCAAUUCUGCAUCGUGUUCGUCGAGAAAAGCUGAAAAUAAGUAUGCGGGAGGGAACCCAGUUUGUGUGCGCCCAACUCCGAAGUGGCAAAAAGGCAUCGGAGAGUUCUUCAGGCUGUCCCCGAAAGAUUCGGAAAAAGAGAACCAGCUUCCUCCCGAAGAAGCCGGGUGCAGUGGCUUAGGAACAGCAAAGAGAAAAGCACGUCCUUUGCAACCUGAUCACACAGAUGACGAAAAUGAAUAGAACUCAUUCUCCUGAAUAAUGCCUACAGUUUACUUAGGUAUUCUGGGAUGCAAAUUUGGGUAGAUGUGUUUGUUCAGUUGGCUUGUUGAGCAGGCAUUCAGUUAAGGGGGUGGCGCUAAAAUUUCACCAUUCAAAAGCAACUGGCUAUGAAAAGGGAGAAUUUUUAUAAUUUGUAAAUUAUAAUUGCAUACUUGAAUUUAUACUAUCAUAUGUUGCUUCUUUUACCCAUUAAGCUUCUUGCUAAAAUAAAUAUUGCGUGAUGUUCUAAUUACUAAUCUAAGUCUUUGAGAUUUGCUUAGAUCUUUGUACUAAUACCAUUUUAUGGGCACUUCAUUAUUGAAAUAGUGCUGUAUUGUUAUGGCUUUUUUGCUUUAAAAAGUCGGCUUAGUUGUUUUCACAUUAAAAAAUUAGUAUUAAUUAAAUUUAAUCUCUUGUCAUUUCUCAAAAUGGGGGGGUGGCAAAGAUAAAAUGUUGAAAAAGUUAACUGUAUGCUUUUUAAGGAAUGUUAGCUGGAUGUGGUGGCACACACUUUUGAUCCCAGCUUUCUGGGGGCCAAGGCAGACAGAUCUCUUUGAGUUGGAGGCCAGCCUCAUCUACAGAUACAGCCAGGUUCAGUUGUACAGAAAAACCCUAUCUCAAUAAAACAAAAUACUAAUGGAAUCAGGAACAAAGAUUCCAUAGAUACAUUAAAAGAAGAAAUUUUCUUUCUUCUUCUUUUUUUUUUUUUGAAGCAAGCUGGGGAGGAAAGAGUUUAUUUGGCUUACACCUCCAUAUCACUGUUCAUCUUUGGAGGAAGUCAGAGCAGGAACUC